AUGGAAAAUCUAAAAAAGAAAAUUUUGUGCUUUAAAUUUACUGAAGCAUUUUUUCUAAAAAAUACCAAAACUAUAGAAUUUUUUUUGGAAUUUAAUUCUUUAAAAAAGAAAAAAAUGGUGUAA